CGUAGUGUUGUCUGUUUACAAGACAAAAGUCAAUAAGUAGAAUUGACAGAAUAAAAUUGAUUAAUUUUUUUUAUUUUAGAUAUUGAAUCUUAAUGUUAUUAAAUUCAAUUUGUUACAUUCAUUUUUAUUGAAAUAACUGUUAUUAAAUUAAGUUUAAUUCAAUAUGGGUGUACCGAAAUUCUUUCGUUAUAUGAGUGAACGCUACCCUUGCCUCAGUGAACUUGUUAAAGAUUACAAAAUUCCAGAAUUUGAUAACUUCUACUUAGACAUGAAUGGUAUUAUUCACAACUGUUCACAUCCAAAUGAUGAUGAUCCACAUUUUCGUAUUUCUGAAGAAACUAUUUUUAAAAAUAUUUUUCAUUAUUUAGAUGUAUUAUAUCAAAUGAUACAACCAAAACAAUUGUUCUUCAUGGCAAUUGAUGGUGUUGCUCCUCGUGCUAAAAUGAAUCAACAACGUGGCCGUCGUUUUCGUGCAGCUCAUGCUGCUGCUGAACAAACAAAAGAAGCAGUCUCUCGAGGUGAAACUUUACCUUCAGAGGAACGUUUUGAUUCUAAUUGUAUAACGCCUGGUACACCAUUUAUGGCACGUUUACAAACUGAACUUGAAUAUUUUGUUACUAAUAAAAUAUCCAAUGAUCCAUUGUGGAGUGAUGUCCAAGUAAUUCUAUCAGGCCAUCAGGUUCCUGGUGAAGGUGAACAUAAAAUUAUGGAUUACAUUCGAUAUUUGAAGUCUAAUCCUAAAUAUAACCCUAAUACAAGACAUUGUCUAUAUGGUUUGGAUGCAGACCUAAUGAUGUUAGGACUCUGCACUCAUGAGCCAUAUUUUUCAUUGCUAAGGGAAGAGGUCAAAUUUGGACGUAAAACAAAAAAAGAAAGUUCUGUAGAUGAAACACAGUUUUUUCUUUUGCAUUUAUCAUUAAUGAGAGAUUAUCUUGGCUUAGAAUUUCAAGAACUCAAGGAAACUUUACCUUUUGACUAUGAUUUGGAGUCUAUAAUUGAUGAUUGGGUAUUAAUGGGUUUUUUGGUAGGAAAUGAUUUUAUUCCUCAUUUGCCUGAUCUACAUAUAUCAAAAGGAGCUUUGCCAAUAUUAUAUAAGGUUUAUAUGGAUGUUCUACCUAAAGUCGGAGGUUAUAUGAAUGAAAAAGGAACAUUAAACCUUAAAAGGUUUCAAAAAUUUAUGGAAACCUUGGCAAAUUUUGAUUAUGAUCAAUUCCGAGAUACUUAUGCUGAUAUAAAAUAUUUGGAAGGAAAACGUAUGACAGAUACUACAACUGUUAAAGCUGAUGUUGACCCUGCUUACAAAGCUGAAUUGGCUGCACUAAUAAAAGAUACUGAACGAAUUCUUUUGAGUGAUGAAGAAGAAGAUUUAGAUGAAACCGAAGAUGAAUCUUUAAUGGCAGAAUUUAGUUUGCACAAAGAAAAUUAUUACAGAAACAAACUUGAUUAUAAUGUUGUCACUGAUGAUGUAAUGCGCUCACAAGCUGAGGGAUAUAUCAGGGCACUACAAUGGAAUCUAAAUUAUUAUUACAAUGGUUGUUGUUCUUGGUCUUGGUACUAUCCGCAUCAUUAUGCGCCAUACAUAUCUGACAUCAAAGAUUUUGAAAACCUUAAAAUACAAUUUGAUAUUGGUCAACCAUUUUUGCCAUUUCAACAGCUAUUAGCAGUGCUACCAUCACUGAGUAAAGAACUUCUGCCAAAACCAUUUCAAGAAUUGAUGACUGAAGAAGCUAGUCCAAUUAGAUUAUACUAUCCUGAGAAAUUCGAUACUGAUCUUAAUGGCAAGAAAAAUGAAUGGGAAGCUGUUGUACUCAUCCCUUUUAUUGAUGAAGAAACUUUAAUUAAAUCAAUGAAAAUGGUUGAACACAAAUUAACUCCUGAUGAAAAAAAAAGAAAUGAACAUGGUCCAAUGCAUAGUUUUAAACGUUCAAAGAAAAAUCUUGGUGCGAUUUCAAUUUCAAAAUAUUUUCCAUCGAUUGAAGAAAAUUAUGCUGAUAAAAUAGCUAUAAAUCGUGAAGAUAUUGCUGUUGACAUUGAUAAUCUUGUUAAAGGUCUAUGUCCUGGUGUUCAAUUGGAUGUUUAUCAUAUUGGUUUUCCAUCUCUUCAUUUCAUUCCAAUUACAGCUCAAUUACAAAGACGUAAUGUAAAAGUUUUUCAAUCUCCUAGUUUGGGUGAAAAUAUGAUAGUGAAAAUUGUUCAUAAAGAUCCAGGUGAUUGUGAUAGUAUUCAAACUAUUGCUAAGGAAUUGCUUGGAAAUACAGUAUAUGUAAAUUGGCCUCACCUUGAAGAAAUGAAGGUUAUAUCUGUAUUAAACACAACUGUUAAUAUAUCAAUUAAUGAAGAAGAACAAUUGAUUAUACAUGAAAUGGAUGAUACAGAUGUACAAGAGUUUAAUUUAUUUUCUAAAAAUAUUGCUAAAACAUACAUUACAACACGUGGUAUUGAAAUUGGUAAAACUGAUGUUAUUAUACGUGGUCAAACUUUAAGAGGGACCAAGUAUGUUCCAAAUCAUGAUGGGAAUGGAGUUGUUAUUACAAAAGUUUGGAGUGAUAUUACUUCAACAAUUGCUUAUCAAACAACCGUACCUGGUUUGGAAGUAACGGACUCAAGUACCAAAAAAAAAUAUUUUGAUUUGGAAGAAUAUUUUCCUCCUGGAAGCACUGUAUUCACUCUUGAUCCUCCUUUUUUUGGUUGUCAAUCAAUUGUGGUUGGAGAAUAUAUAUCUUCAAGGGUUAAAAUUGAUAUAAUGCUGGAACCAGAACCCUAUUAUCAUAAUUUAAAAGAAUAUCUUGAAAAUUUUUCAACAGAAUUUUUUUAUGCCAGUGCUGCAGCAUCAAAGCUUUCAAUUAAUACACAUUUAGUAGCUAAAAUUACUGGAACAAUAUUGUUAAUGGUUGAAAGUUAUGAAGAUAGAAAUGAAAAAAAAAUUAAUAUUGGGAUGAACCUUAAGUCAAAUAAACGAAAUGAAGAAGUUGUCGGGUAUACAAAAAAAUUUGAAAAUACUUGGAUGUAUAGUCAAAAAACAAUAGAUUUGUUAGAUGAGUAUAUUCAAAGGUUCCCAGAAAUAAUUAAUGUUCUAUUAAAAACAGAAAGUACUCAGGAUACUUUUAAGUUGGAGGAAAUGUUUCCAGAUCCCAAAACAAGAAAACAAAAAUUGGAUGACCUUAAGAAGUGGAUCGGAGAAAUUCGCUCACUAACUAAAGAAUGGCAAACAUUUGGAUCAAUGGACCCUUGCAAAGUAGCUGCAAUUGAAAAAUACAUGGAUAAUUUUAAUAAAGAAAACCACCACAGUAAAAAAAGCAUUACAUUAAAUGUGAAACCGCCAUGUCUAUUUAAACCAGUAACUAAACUUGAUAAAAUAAAAGCUGAUGAUGGAACCGAUGAUCGAAUAUUAGACCGUGUUAUAUGUGUUCGAUCUUCUUACCAAGUUCCACUUGGAUUAAAAGGGAUUAUAAUUAGUAUUUCAAAAUCACACAUUGAUACUGAUGUUAUAUACAGUGUGAUAUUUGAUAAGGAAUUCCCAAAUGGUAUGUCGUUUAAUGGUUCUGUUAACCGUGGAUAUAAAUUAUGUAGAAUGUCAUUCAUCAACUUGUCUCACGCCAUACGUAAUGGACAAUAUAAACCUUUAAUGGUUAAGGUAGAAAAAAAUUCUAAUUCUGAAAAACAGAACGCUCAAAUAAGUAUAUGGGAACAUUUACAGUCUAAUGGAUCAGAACAGAAUUCCCAAGAAGAAAAAUUCACAUUAGCUUCUAAAGUUUCUUGGCGAACAUCUCAAAAAAAAGGACCCCCUAGUGUCAAUAAAAUUAAUAAAAUUCUACCAAAACCAGCAGUUUUGGUAAACAAUGAACAGGAUUCAAACAAUAAAAUACAGUUAAAUGCAGAAGCAUGUGAAUUUAAAACAAUUGCAUUGAAAAGAAUGUUGAAAAUUCAAUCAGAUGAAAAUUCAGUUUCAUCUAAAAAUCAAAAUGAAAAUCAUUCUAAAACACCAAUAAAUUAUCUACUAAAUUCUUCCCUUGACGAAUCAAAACAAGUAGAUACUCUUAGUUCUAAUUACAAUACUACUGAUUUGAUAAAUGAAAAUGUCAUUCCAAAAGUUAAUAAUAUAAUGGGAAAUGCGGUACAACAAGUUGCUAAUGAAAAAUUGAUUUCCGUGGAAUUAGAAAAAUUUUAUGCAUUGAAAGGAUAUGGUUUACCUAAAUAUAGUUGCACAAAUUUAAUAGAUAACAAAGGUUCUAAAAUAUUUUGUGCCGAAUUAAUUUUACCUAAUGGUGUUACUAUACGUGGAGAACCAAAAUAUUCCAAAAUUGAGGCAAUUGAGGAAGUUUCAUCUCGUGCGUUCACUAUUGUUCAACAAAUAGAUACUAAUAAAAAUAAUGGGUACUCAAUACAGAAUAAGCCACCAAAACCAGAUCGAAGAAUUGCUUCACAACAAGGACAACCAAAUGUAUUUGGGAAUUUUUUACCAUCUCAUCAGCAACAUCCUCAUUUUCAACAACAGCCAUUUUCACAAGUUCCUCAAUAUUUUGAGCGUCCUCAAAAUUCUUUUCAACAAUUUCGACCUCCGUUUCAACAGUUUCCACCUGGUUUUUUAGUCCCCAAUCAACAAUCAUAUCCGAUGCAGUUUCAACAAGUUUACAGACAACAAAAUCCUGUGGGAUUCCCUGUACAACAACAACCACAGCAGUUUUUCAAUAAUCCACAAGAAAUGCAGUUUCCAAAAGCAUUACCAACCUACAGCAGUAUGGUAACUCCAUCUCAAUUGCCUCAGCCACCUGUUCAUUGGCAGCCUACACAUAGAAACUCUUUGAAUAAUGAAUAUGUUAUGGGUCCUAUGCCACCAAACAUUUAUCAUCCACCUCAACAAAAUAUAAACUACCAACAGUACCCACCAACAACAUCAAAUAAUGUGUCAACGAAUGAACAGUACAUGUCAAGUAACAGAGUAAUGAUUCCAAGUCCUUCGAGCGCAUUUACAUCGGCAGCUAAUACAAAUGACCAGUCCACCACCAAUCGUAAAGUUAAAGUAGCCGCAAAUUUUAAUUCUUCUCAACAAUAAUAAAUGCUCGCUCUAUA